AUGGGUUUGGGUUUGGGUUUGGGUUUGGGUUUGGGUUUGGGUUUGGGUUUGGGUUUGGGUUUGGGUUUGGGUUUGGGUUUGGGUUUGGGUUUGGGUUUGGGUUUGGGUUUGGGUUUGGGUUUGGGUUUGGGUUUGGGUUUGGGUUUGGGUUUGGGUUUGGGUUUGGGUUUGGGUUUGGGUUUGGGUUUGGGUUUGGGUUUGGGUUUGGGUUUGGGUUUGGGUUUGGGUUUGGGUUUGGGUUUGGGUUUGGGUUUGGGUUUGGGUUUGGGUUUGGGUUUGGGUUUGGGUUUGGGUUUGGGUUUGGGUUUGGGUUUGGGUUUGGGUUUGGGUUUGGGUUUGGGUUUGGGUUUGGGUUUGGGUUUGGGUUUGGGUUUGGGUUUGGGUUUGGGUUUGGGUUUGGGUUUGGGUUUGGGUUUGGGUUUGGGUUUGGGUUUGGGUUUGGGUUUGGGUUUGGGUUUGGGUUUGGGUUUGGGUUUGGGUUUGGGUUUGGGUUUGGGUUUGGGUUUGGGUUUGGGUUUGGGUUUGGGUUUGGGUUUGGGUUUGGGUUUGGGUUUGGGUUUGGGUUUGGGUUUGGGUUUGGGUUUGGGUUUGGGUUUGGGUUUGGGUUUGGGUUUGGGUUUGGGUUUGGGUUUGGGUUUGGGUUUGGGUUUGGGUUUGGGUUUGGGUUUGGGUUUGGGUUUGGGUUUGGGUUUGGGUUUGGGUUUGGGUUUGGGUUUGGGUUUGGGUUUGGGUUUGGGUUUGGGUUUGGGUUUGGGUUUGGGUUUGGGUUUGGGUUUGGGUUUGGGUUUGGGUUUGGGUUUGGGUUUGGGUUUGGGUUUGGGUUUGGGUUUGGGUUUGGGUUUGGGUUUGGGUUUGGGUUUGGGUUUGGGUUUGGGUUUGGGUUUGGGUUUGGGUUUGGGUUUGGGUUUGGGUUUGGGUUUGGGUUUGGGUUUGGGUUUGGGUUUGGGUUUGGGUUUGGGUUUGGGUUUGGGUUUGGGUUUGGGUUUGGGUUUGGGUUUGGGUUUGGGUUUGGGUUUGGGUUUGGGUUUGGGUUUGGGUUUGGGUUUGGGUUUGGGUUUGGGUUUGGGUUUGGGUUUGGGUUUGGGUUUGGGUUUGGGUUUGGGUUUGGGUUUGGGUUUGGGUUUGGGUUUGGGUUUGGGUUUGGGUUUGGGUUUGGGUUUGGGUUUGGGUUUGGGUUUGGGUUUGGGUUUGGGUUUGGGUUUGGGUUUGGGUUUGGGUUUGGGUUUGGGUUUGGGUUUGGGUUUGGGUUUGGGUUUGGGUUUGGGUUUGGGUUUGGGUUUGGGUUUGGGUUUGGGUUUGGGUUUGGGUUUGGGUUUGGGUUUGGGUUUGGGUUUGGGUUUGGGUUUGGGUUUGGGUUUGGGUUUGGGUUUGGGUUUGGGUUUGGGUUUGCUUGGGUUUGGGUUUGGGUUUGGGUUUGGGUUUGGGUUUGGGUUUGGGUUUGGGUUUGGGUUUGGGUUUGGGUUUGGGUUUGGGUUUGGGUUUGGGUUUGGGUUUGGGUUUGGGUUUGGGUUUGGGUUUGGGUUUUGGGUUUGCAGGUUUGGGUUUGGGUUUUGGGUUUGGGUUUGGGUUUGGGUUUGGGUUUGGGUUUGGGUUUGGGUUUGGGUUUCGGGUUUGCGUAGGGUUUGGGUUUGGGUUUGGGUUUGGGUUUAG